AUGGGAGGAAAUAAGAAAAAUAAGAAAGAGAAAGAAGAUCGGAAAGCAGCAAAAAAAGCCCGCUAUGAGGAAUUAGACUUGGAUGAAGAUGAUGAUAACGAAGUAACUGACAUACCAAAUGUGGCCUCUGCAAAAGUAAAUGAGAGUUCAAAUGAAGAUGAAUUUGGUGCCAAAGACUAUCGCAGAAUUCUAGAACUGAAAUUAGAUCAUGAAUCUCGGCCUCUGUGGGUGGCUCCCAAUGGACACAUAUUUUUGGAAUCAUUCAGUCCUGUUUACAAACAUGCACAUGAUUUUCUUAUUGCAAUUUCUGAGCCUGUAUGUCGUCCUGAAAACAUCCAUGAAUACAAAUUAACAGCUUAUUCAUUAUAUGCUGCUGUGUCUGUGGGUCUGCAGACAGCUGACAUUAUUGAAUAUCUGCGGCGUCUCAGUAAGACAACAUUACCUGAAGGCAUCAUAGAAUUCAUCAAGUUAUGUACAGUCAGUUAUGGCAAAGUGAAAUUGGUAUUAAAACAAAAUCGUUAUUUUGUUGAGAGUCUAACUCCUGAUGUCAUUCAGAUCUUACUUAAAGACCCUGUCAUUCAAGAAUGCCGUCUGAGAGAAGAAGUAGAAGAUCCUGCUAUGCAAAUGCUAGACAGUGAAACUCCAAUUCCAAACACACAGAAAACAGUUGAUGGAGCCACCAAAUUUCCAGUUGGUGUUGGUACCUCCACUUCCACAGCAAAUGGUACAGUAGCUGCAAAAACAACAAAUGGUGCUAAUGCAGCUGAGGAAGAACCAGCCAAAGUGCCUGAUGACAUUUUCAGCUAUUUUGAAAAAAUUGAUCAAGAAGAUGAAGAUGAGCUGGACACAAAAUGUGUCUCAUUUGAAGUUAUUCAAGACAAAAUUGAAGAUUUACAAAAAAAAUGUAUUGAACUUGAAUACCCACUGUUAGCUGAGUAUGAUUUUAGAAAUGAUGUAGUCAACCCAGAUAUUGAUAUUGAUCUUAAGCCCAGCACUACAUUACGGCCAUAUCAAGAGAAAAGUCUUCGCAAAAUGUUUGGAAAUGGACGAGCGAGAUCUGGGGUCAUCGUAUUACCAUGUGGUGCUGGAAAGACACUUGUGGGUGUGACAGCAGCUUGUACUGUGAGGAAACGUUGUGUGGUCCUCUGUACCUCAGGUGUUGCAGUAGAGCAGUGGCGAUCUCAGUUUAAAAUGUGGUCCACAGCCAAUGAUAGUAUCAUUUGUCGAUUUACUUCUGAUGCUAAAGAUAAACCAAAUGAUUGUUCCAUUUGUAUAAGUACUUAUUCUAUGUUGGCGCAUACAAAUAAAAGAUCUUGGGAAGCUGAACAGAUGAUGCAAUGGUUACAAAGUAAAGAGUGGGGACUUAUGGUAUUGGAUGAAGUACAAACAAUUCCAGCCAAGAUGUUCCGACGUGUACUGAUGAUUGUCCAAGCUCACUGCAAACUUGGACUGACUGCUACCCUGGUACGAGAAGAUGACAAGAUUGCUGAUUUGAAUUUUCUGAUUGGACCGAAACUAUAUGAAGCUAACUGGAUGGAACUGCAGAACAAAGGUUUCAUUGCUAAAGUGCAAUGUGCAGAGGUUUGGUGUCCAAUGACACCAGAGUUUUAUAGGGAAUAUCUUAAUACUCAGUCUCAAAAGAAAUUACUUAUCUUCACAAUGAACCCCAACAAAUUUCAGGCAUGUCAAUUCUUGAUCCAUUUCCAUGAAAGAAGAAAUGACAAAAUUAUUGUCUUCUCAGAUAAUGUGUUUGCAUUGAAGAAUUAUGCUAUAAAGCUUAACAAGCCUUAUCUAUAUGGUCCCACUUCUCAGGGAGAGAGAUUGCAAAUUCUUCAAAAUUUCCAACACAACCCUAAAGUGAACACCAUUUUUGUAUCAAAGGUGGCUGAUACAUCAUUUGAUCUUCCAGAAGCCAAUGUUCUUAUUCAGAUCUCUGCACAUGGAGGUUCCAGGCGACAAGAAGCCCAAAGGUUGGGACGAAUUCUAAGAGCUAAAAAAGGAGCUGCAGCUGAAGAAUACAAUGCUUACUUUUAUUCCCUUGUUUCACAAGACACAAUUGAAAUGCAAUAUUCACUCAAAAGACAACGUUUCUUAGUUAACCAAGGUUAUAGUUAUAAAGUCAUCACAGAAUUAGCUGGGAUGGAAGAGGAAAACCUUGGCUAUAAAACCAAAGAGGAUCAAAUUCAGUUGUUACAGAAAGUCUUAGCAGCUACUGAUGCUGAUGCUGAAGAGGAGGGUGAAACAGGUGCUUUAAAACCAAUGGUAUACCGAAAGACUGGGAGCUUGAGUUCCAUGUCUGGUGCAGAUGAUGCUCUCUACUAUGAGGGAAAUUCUGCUUCUGUCGUUUCAUCUCUCUCUCUCUCUCUCUCUCUCUCUCUGCUAAAUAAAAUCCAACUAACUCUUGCCUCAUUUCUCACUUAUUCUCGUCGUCAUCUUGGCGAAAACAACCAACAAACAAACUCUAUCUAUCUAUCUAUCUAUCUAUCUAUCUAUCUAUCUAUCUAUCUAUCUAUCUAUCUGUCUAAUUCAGAGAGAUUCUGA